GCCAAGGGGCCGCCAUAACUGAGCGACCCAGGUCCGAGCUGACCCCGCGCGCGGCUCCUGACUGCUGACCACACCCGCCUGCUGCCACCUGGUUCUGUCCAGAGCCGCUGAACCACCGUACUGUCCUGGGAUCCAAUCUCCCUUACACACACACACACACACCCUUGGAGAGGCCCUGCAGCCAGAGAGAUGCUCCCGCUGGUCAAAGCCCUCACCUUCCCCAGAGGUCCCCAAACCCCAGCCCCAAAUGAGCAGGACAGGGCUGCUCAGCCAGUCAGCCCCCAGAACAACGAGGCUCAGCGCCUGCGCUUCCGGCAGUUCCAGUACUGCGUGGCGGGCGGGCCGCACUUCGCACUAGGCCAGCUCUGGAUGCUGUGCCGCCAGUGGCUGCAGCCUGAGGCCCGCUCGAAGGAGCAGAUGCUGGACCUGCUGGUGCUGGAGCAGUUCCUGGGCGCGCUGCCCAGCAAGAUGAGGACCUGGGUGCAGUCACAGGGCCCCCGCAACUGCAGGGAGGCUGCCAGCCUGGUGGAGGACCUCACAAAGAUGUGCGGGCAGGAAGUUCUGGCAUCUCUGAACUCUGCCAACUGCCAGGACAGGAGCAUCAGCGAGGAGGAAGACAGGAAGAGCGUGAGGUCCCAGGGAGACCCAUCCCAGGCACUGGAGCAGAUCCUGGAUGCAGCAGCAGCAGCAGCAGCCCCCUCGGGCCUCCCUGAGGAAGGCGAGUGGCCAGAGCCCACCCAGCCCCAGAGGAGUCUGCUCUCCAGGGCGGAGGCUGAGGCGCCCUGCAUCCCCAGCUUCCUCGGCUCCCUGGCUCACUUUCCUCUGAAGCCUAGUAUCUGGGAUGAGCCUCCUUGUGGAAGGGACAGGCUGGUCCAGGAAUGUGCAGACCAGCAGGCAGAAGAGGGCACCAUGGAUACCGCGCUUCAGGGGAUGGGUGGCAAAGGACCCACCCUUGAGGGGCCCAUGGCCCAGAGCCCCCAGUCUGGUGUGGUUCCAGGCCCCAAGUCUCUGAGUGCUCUGAAAAGUGGUUCUAGAAAGAAACCAGAGAAUGCUGAAGAAAGCAGCCUCCACCUGUCAUUUCUCAAACACACCAAAGGUGGCACCAAACAGGCCGCCACAGGGGUCUCAGGAGUGCCACAGUUACCCUCCAGGAGGCGGCCCUUCCAGUGUGCUGAGUGCGGGCUGGUCUUCACCUGGGUCACCCACUUCAUCGAACAUCAGAAGAUACACCGCGAGGAGGGGCCCUUCCCGUGUCCUGAGUGCAACAAGGUCUUCCUACACAGCUCCGUUCUUGCCGAGCACCGCAAGAUCCACCUGCUGGAGCUGCCCAGGAAGAAACCCUCCCGGAGCAAGAGGCCCAGGAAGCAGGCCCAGGGGCGCCGGGGUGGUGGGGGUGAAGCCACUCCCAACUCCAAGAGGCCCUUCCAAUGCAGCAUCUGCGGGAAGGCCUUCCCUUGGAUGAUCCACCUCAUUGACCACCAGAAGCUCCACGCACCCAAUGACCACAUGCGCGGCCAGGAGGUCGACGUGGCCUUGCCGUUUGACAAGGGAGUGUGCUGUGGGAGUGUUCUGGGGAAGGGAGGCGAGGCUGAGCCUGGCGGGGGUCUGGGGGCCGCACUCCAAUCUAGCCGUGAGUGGGGACGGAAAAGUGACUCUGGAGGGGUCCGCGAGUCCGCGCUCAGCUCCCAUGCCUUGCUGCCGCGGCUCCAAAAUCCCGGACGGGGGGUGGGGUGGGGGGGGAAUGAGUGCGUGAAAAACAAAGUGCGCGCGCGGCCCUCUGGAAGAUGUAGUCCGGCGCUCUCGUGCGCAGGCGCAGUCCCAGAUCUGGGAAGCCGAGGACGGGGAGGCCAAGACGGGAGGAGGUUCAGGGUCUUCCCCGGAGCCCCGGCCGGGUCGGAUACCCACCCACACGCAACUGAAGCUGAUGUUCCCGCGAAGACUCCGGAGGAGGAGGGAAUGACCGCUGGGCUCCGCACCGCCAGGGCCCAAGAGCAAGUGACUUUUGAGGACGUGGUUGUGGACUUCACCCAGGAGGAGUGGGGGCAACUGGAACCCCCCCAGAGGACCCUGUACCGCGAUGUGAUGCUGGAGACCUUUGGGCUCCUGGUCUCUGUGGGACAUUGGUUUCCGAAGCCGGAUGUCAUCUCCCUGCUGGAGCAGGAGGCAGAACCGUGGGCAGUGGACUCCAGCAUUCCCCAAGGCGUGUGUCCAGACUUGGAAACCACACCUGAAAACAAAUUGUCAGCUCCAAAGCAAGUCAUCACUGAAGAAAUAUCCAACAGCGUUGUCCUGGUAGAAAGGUUCUUGUGGGAUGGUCUGUGGUUCUUCAAGGGUGAGGACACCAAGGGCCAAUGUGAAUGGAGCUGUGAGAGCCCAGGGAGCCGUGUGGUGCAGGCAGCCACCACACCUUUGAAGACAUCCACUCAGGAGCAGCGGCAGGGAAAUGAGUUUGUGGAAAACUUGCAUUUGAACCCCAGUCUCCCAACUCAACUAAUGACUCCCGUAAGACGGGGCCCUCACACGGAGGGAACACAUAGAAAGAGGGAAAAACCAGACUCAAAUGCUCAGCAGAAAUCCUGUGCAAAAGAGAAACCCUACAAAUGUGAGGAGUGUGGGAAGGCCUUUAGUCACAGCUCAGCACUCAUUGAACACCACCGCACACACACAGGUGAGAGACCUUAUGAAUGUCACGAAUGCAGGAAAGGUUUCCGGAACAGCUCAGCACUUACCAAACACCAGAGAAUCCACACUGGGGAAAAACCCUAUAAGUGCACUCAGUGUGGGAGGACUUUCAAUCAAAUUGCCCCACUGAUCCAGCACCAGAGAACUCACACAGGUGAGAAGCCCUAUGAGUGCAGUGAAUGUGGGAAGUCCUUCAGUUUUAGGUCCUCCUUCAGCCAACAUGAGCGGACUCACACAGGUGAGAAGCCCUAUGAGUGCAGCGAGUGUGGGAAAGCUUUCCGGCAGAGUAUCCACCUCACCCAGCACCUGCGUAUCCACACUGGGGAGAAACCCUACCAGUGUGGAGAGUGCGGCAAGGCCUUCAGCCACAGCUCAUCCCUGACCAAACACCAGCGAAUCCACACUGGAGAGAAGCCCUAUGAGUGCCACCAGUGCGGAAAAGCCUUCACCCAGAUCACGCCACUGAUUCAGCAUCAGAGAACACACACUGGGGAGAAACCUUACGAGUGCAACGAGUGUGGGAAAGCCUUCAGCCAGAGUACACUCCUGACUGAGCACCGGAGGAUUCACACAGGAGAGAAGCCCUAUGGAUGCAAUGAGUGUGGGAAAACCUUCAGCCACAGCUCCUCACUCAGCCAGCAUGAGCGGACGCACACAGGAGAGAAGCCCUACGAGUGCAGUCAGUGUGGGAAGGCCUUCCGGCAGAGCACACACCUCACUCAGCACCAGAGAAUCCACACAGGGGAGAAACCCUAUGAGUGUAGUGACUGCGGCAAGGCCUUCAGCCACAGCUCAUCACUGACCAAACAUCAGCGAAUCCACACUGGGGAGAAGCCCUAUGAAUGUAAUGAGUGUGGCAGAGCCUUCAGCCAACUUGCUCCCCUCAUUCAGCAUCAGAGGAUCCAUACAGGAGAGAAGCCCUAUGAGUGCACUGAGUGUGGCAGAGCCUUCAGCCAGAGCUCCCUUCUCAUAGAACACCAGAGGAUCCACACAAAGGAAAAGCCCUAUGGGUGCAAUGAAUGUGGGAAAUCCUUCAGUCACAGCUCAUCACUCAGCCAGCAUGAAAGGACACACACUGGGGAAAAGCCCUAUGAAUGUCAGGAUUGUGGAAAGACCUUCAGGCAGAGCACUCACCUCACUCAGCACCGGAGGAUCCACACAGGAGAGAAGCCGUAUGAGUGCAGGGACUGUGGGAAGGCCUUUACACACAGUUCCUCCCUCACCAAGCACCAGAGAACUCAUACUGGCUAGACCCACUCCACAUGUGCUGGGGAUGUAGGAAAGCCUUAAGCCAUAGCUCACCCCUUUCUAGAUGUGAGAAACACCACCAACAUAUUUAUACACAGGCCCUCACACAUAACACACUCCUCAGACACCCUCAGAAUUCACACUGACAGAAAUGACUGUGGGACUACUGAGCUCUAGUCAUCCAUCCCCAGAUCCAAAGAGUUGGGAAAUGUGGAGAUAAUCAACAUUGAGGACCUUCAACCUUGAGUGCCCAUUAAUGCUACGUUACAGUGCCUACACAAGAGAAAUGGAACAAAGGUAGUGGAUCUGGGGAUAGUCUCUGUCCAAGGAUUCAGCAUAUUCUAAACCAGAGAUUUUCAAAGUGGUAAGGAACCCAGCAAAUGCCUUUCAUAUAAAAACCAAUUGAAAUCAAAAUUUGCCUUUAUUGCACAUUACAUUCUUGGGGAGGGGUAGUGCUUAUGAAUAGUACAAGUUGACUAAUAUUCUCCAAAAAAGCAUUAUGGCAGACCGUUCCACAGAUGAAAGUGGCAUCUUUAUGGAAUCACCAUGGAUACUUGACUAUCUCAGUACAAUGCUUUCUGAUUUGUAUAUAAAUUGUUUGAUCAUGGUAUGUGGCUGCCAGUCCCACAGAUUUGAAUUUUAUAUGACUAAAAGUAUCAGUGCACUGUAAACAGAUUUUGAAGUUAUUCUCUGCAUUAUUUUGCUGUAAAUUAACCUUUGUAUGCAAUGGGAUCAAAAAGCUUUAUAUGGGAAAACUCCAAAUGUAAAGCCACUUCUGUGGAGUCUCACAGACUCUAAGAUGGCUUUUGCUGCUCUGUUCUCACUAUAAAUUUCUCUACAGUGCUCACAGGCAUUUGGAACACAGGUGUUGCUGUUUUACAAAAGGAGAUUUUUCUAUUUGUUAUGCCAUCAUCUCAUGAGCAAUGGCUUCAUUGUGGAUCCUUCUGUUUUGGAAGAUCUAUCUCUUUUGGGAAAUGUACAAGUUAAUCCUCUCUUGAACUGUUUUUUCAUUGAUUCAUCAUCCUGCUUAGUAAGCUUUUGCUUUUAUCAAUUUAACUGGAAGGCCCAUAGUACUUCACUGUUCCCUGAAUCCACAAAUAACAGUCUUCCUGACAGUCACAGCCUUUAAACAGUGACUUGCCACCCUCAUUAGAAAUCGCAUUGGCUGGUUUUGGUCUCAGCCAUCAAUUGUGGUUUUAUCAGUCAGUUUGAUUUUCCUAAUCAUAAUACUGGGGUAUAAGUUACCAGUUAACUUGAAAUUUCUCUUUUGGAGGGACCAUGUUGCAAACAGUCUUCCAAUACUGUUCUUCAGUGCCCUUGUGGAAUGUCUUUUUUAGUAAUUAACAUGUCAUUUAAAAGCCAUUUAAGAAAGUCAGAAUAAAUAGUGGAGAGCAGCACUGUCCAACUGAAACAAUGCAAGCCACAUUGGUAACUCAAUAUUCUAGUAGUCCCAUUUGAAAAGCAAGAAGGAGGGAUGGCCGGUUAGCUCACUUGGGAGAGCGUGGUGCUGACAACACCAAGUCAAGGGUUAAGAUCCUCUUACCAGUCAUCUUUAAAAAAAAAAAAAAAAAAUUAAAAGAAGAAACAGGUGAAAUUAAUACUUCCCCUACAU